CGAAUUUCCUUAGUUUCCUCUGUACAAUCUCUGAUGCAACAGAGGAUUGUUAUGGUUCUAUUUAAACGACCGUUUGCGUCCUUAAAUGAGCGUGUUUGACCUCUUUCGUGGUUUUUUUGGGGUCCCUGGUGGUUACAAUCGUGGAGAUGAUCGGAGGGACCCGUUCUUUGAUGGGAUUGUGAAUGAAGAUGAUGAAGAUGAAGACGAUGACGGUGGAUUUCACUACGAUGACUUUACCAGAUCCCAUCGGGACCCGUUAGAUGAUCUCUUUAGAUUUGGUUUCAGUUUUGGGCCUGGCGGGAUGCGCUUUGAGGAACCUAGAGGGUUCGGCCAGAUCUUCAAGGAGAUGGAGGAGAUCUUUGCUGGUCUCGGUCACUUUGAUGGCCAAGAUGGGUUUGGACACUGGAGUGUCCCAUCGAUAGAAGCCCCGCCUCCUCUGGAUGGUGCUGAAAAAGGCAGAGGUGGAGUGGGAAGUGGAAACUCGCUCAGGGAUUUCAUGUUGAAGUCUCCCGAGAGUUCACCCCGCAGGCCAUCCCGUCCUCCCCCCUCUGCGACACCGAAAGAAGGGGAUUCCACAUCUCCGCAGGGUCCCAAUGACCCCUUUCCUAAACGGAGACCCUUCUCAAAGUUUCAUGACCUUUGGAAAGAUGGUCUGCUUGGACCAAAGGAAGAAGAGAGAAAAGAGGAUGGAGAUCUUGACUCACGGGUGUCAUCAGGUGGACUGGAUCAGAUCUUAACUCCAGCACCUUCACAGCCCAAAAUGAGGUCAUUUUAUAAAUCUGUCAGCGUUUCCAAGGUGGUCCGACCAGAUGGAACUGUUGAAGAACGGCGAACGGUGAGAGACAGUGAAGGGAAUGAAGAGACUACAGUGAGCAUCACAGGAAGUCCAGGUGUUGAAGAUCAAACUGGUCCUCUCACGCCAGGUGAUUCUAGAUCAUCUACUGACAUGCAAGAUGAUUUCUCACUGUUUUCUAAGUUCUUUAGAGGCUUUUGAGGUUGAAAGAGUUCACAAAUAAAAGUUCCUCAUAAACCCACUAUCUGAUUCCACAUGGUUCAGUUUGAUUGAAUUCGUCACUGUGCAUGUGUUCAGAUCCAGUGAGUGUGUAAGUAAUCCAUUGCUUUGGGAUUGCAUUAUGCCUAAACACCAUGUUGUUGAUGCUGAUUUUUGAAAAAACAAUUGUUUUUCUUGCCAAAAAUGACUACGACAAAUCUCCAGCCUUGUUUAUUUUAAAUAUGCUUUCAGUCAUAAAUGAGCAGAUAAUUCUAUCAACAUUCUGAACUGUGUCAGUUGUUAGGUCAUGCCACAGGUUUUAGGAAAAGGAGAAAAAUCACACAGACUGCCCAACGCCACACAUGUAGUGUCUUUGUAAUAAAGAUUCAGUAAAGGCUGAAACGUUAAAUCAUUAUAAACGCUAUAAUAUAAUAAACAUUAACUUUAAUUUAUUUAUCAUAAAAUGUAUUUUUGGAGGCUGUUUUAUGAAAUAAAGAAAAUUAAAUAA